UAUUUAUUCUAUUUAUUUGUUCGAACGCGCAUUUUCUAUUCAGUAAAAAUAAUAAAUCACAGUUACAAUAUUAAAUACCAAACAUCUAAAAUGUCAAAUUUGACGCACAAUGUUGACAUGGUGGUAAAUUUUAUUUAGUAACAAGGUUUGCCACUACAGUUUCAAGCCAAAAUUCAAGGUCAUGUCCUUACCCAACGGUCGAUUACGUGUAUUUCUUAUGGGGCUUUCAAAAGCUGUCCUUACUGUAUGGUAUUCUGUGGCACUGCUAAGUCACGCACAAAUGGGUAUUGUGUAACGUCUACUAAUAAUAUAAGGUCUUUUAAUAUGACAGUUUACUGCAUUGUUUACUGUUUUGGACUAAUGAUUUGAGGUUUGAGGUUAUGUUGCACUAGUGGAUUUAAUUUGUGAUUGUGCUGUUAUGUGCGUCCAAGUUGCAUGUGUUCCGCGAAAUUUUGGGCAACUUCAAUGUUAACUUUAGAAAUACACAACUGUAAACUAUGCCCCUACUUUACAACAUCAUUUUUUCUUAUGACGGACCAUGUGAAGCGACACCGUUCAUCUCUGGAAGACUUUGCGUGUGAAAACGCCAAAAUUGAAGUGUAUUACUGUAAAGACUGCGAUUUUAAAACAGAACUAUCGCUUUUGUUCAAACAACACAUUAAUAAAUAUCAUGGCUUUAACCUGAAGAGAGAAUGUGGAGAGGAUUUAUCAAGUGAGGAUUUCCACAUACAAAUCUACGUUUGUAAAAAGUGCAACUUUGAAACAAAUUUCUCCUUAAAGUGGCUUCAGCAUACUUCAGCAUGCGCGAGAAAUAAGGAAAAUCUUCAAAUUGUUAAUUCUCUGAAACAAAAUGUCACAUACAGUUUCGAUUUUGAGCAAACUGACGGAACACGUUGGUAUUACUGUGUUAAAUGUUCUUACAAAGCUAAACUCCAACAUAAUUUAAGGCGACAUGUAAGAAACCACACUUUGAACAAGCGGUAUGCAUGUGACAAGUGUCCGUUUAAAAGUAAACAUAAAACAGAUCUAAGAAAGCACAUAAAUCUACUUCACUUAGAUGAACAAAAUAUUGAAUGGCACAAGUGCCAAAAAUGUUCAUUCAAGACCAAAACAAACACUAAUUUAAAAAAGCACAUAAACAACUUACACUUGAACAAAGAAGACGUUAAAUGGUAUGACUGCAACGAAUGUUCUUUCAAAACUAAGCAUAAAAGAUCCUUAAACGUACACGUAGCUGCACAGCAUCUAGACGAAGAAAAAAUUAAGUGGUACAAAUGUGAAAGUUGCGCAUACAAAACUAAACAUGCGUCGAAUUUAAAAAAUCAUGUGAAUUUUCGACAUUUGGACGACGAAGACGUUAAGUGGUAUGAAUGUGAACAGUGUUCAUUCAAAACUAAACAUGCAUCGAAUUUAAAAAGUCAUGUAAAUUAUCGACAUUUGGGCGAAGGAGAAGUUAAGUGGUAUAAAUGUGCAAAUUGUUCAUACAAAAGUAAAACGAAAACUCAGUUAACAAGGCAUGUAAAGGUCCAUUUGGAAAUCAAAGCGUAUCAGUGCGAUUAUUGUCCAUAUAAAACGAAAAACAAUAGUGGUUUAAAGUCACAUAUAAAUAACCACCAUUAGGAUUAAAUUGAAGCUAAAUGGUACAAAUGUGAACACUGUCCUUACAAAAGUAAAAAUGGACCAUCUUCGAUUUAGUUGAAUUUAGUUGGGUGUGGUAGUGUUAAUUUGUGUAUAAGUAUAAUUUUUGUUAA